AUGGAUUUAGUUUAUGAAGAUCAAGAUUUUAUGAUUGAUGGUGAUUCUUCUCGUGAAGCUUUCUUUUACAACACAAUUGAAGGGGAGGAUGAAUGUGAAGAAGCUGACGAGUCGUACAUUCAAUCACUCAAUUUCGAUACCACUGUAAAUGAUCCUGUUUUAGCGACUUUACAAAAUAUUGCUCUUAUCGUUGAAUCCUGGCUCACUGACAAAUUGCUAUAUGCUGCUGAAACUAUCCCCACUUCGGAGGAGUCGCCUCAAAUUUCCCCUAUUCCUAUUUUGGAGGAAUCUCCUCAAAUUUCAGCUGAAAUUUUGGAAGCAUUCAACGGUCUAUCAAAAGUACAUAUAAACAUUCGAGCUGGUCAUGUUUAUUUACUUUAUAUGACAGACGGUGAAAUUGUAAUAUCUCCAAAUCAUAAACAAUUCAUUCAAGAGGAACAAUCAGCCGCAUCACGUCACAACACGUGUAGAGUGCUGGUAUCCGUCGAACACGUGACAAUUAAGGGAGAAGAUCGAAAUGAUAUUGCCCCGAACAGAAUUUCAUAUAGUCAUCAAUUGAUCGAUGGUACUACACGAACUGCAUCUUCAGCUGAUGGUCAAAUAUUUUAUUUGUUGGAUGAAGUCCCAACUACUGUAAAUUAUGUGGGGAAUAACAAUGCUCGUUUUUAUAGUGGUGCGAGUUAUGCGGGCGAAAUAAUCGUUCAACCCUAA